AUCAACAACAUGGCGGACGGAAUGAUACAGGUUUCUCAAACCUUACAAACAUUUUUGCCAGAAAACGCAUUCAUGGAAGUCAUAACACUGCUGAAGAAGGUUAAUUUGAAGGUACUUGUGGAAAGAAGGUACAGUGACUGGUUGAAUGGUCAGGGAUAUUCGAAGUCGUGUGAAAAUCUGGAUGAAAAAUCUCAAGACAGAGAGAAAAUUGCUGCAGUUAUCGAGAAUUUGGUUCAGUGCGCAGAGCCAUUUAUCGAAGAUGAGGGGGGCUGGGAUAAAGAAGAGAUGUUGAAGCAUGAGACCCAAGCCUCUGCUGUUUUGAAGAUUUGCCAGUUACUGUUAUCUUCACUGUUGAACAGGGAUAAUCAACUGCUAGCAGAGAAAGAGUUCCCAGUGGAUGCAGUGUUUAAGAAGUUUAUUUUAAAAAAGACCUGCAGUUGCUUGGUGGCUUUAUGUGCUGUACACAUGGAGUCACAUCUUUGGACAAGCACAGCAUCAAUGGCCCUUGCUCAUGAGCUGGUUUCCUUGAUAUGUACCAAUUGCCAGUGUCCAUCAGUACAAGAGCUUCUCUGUGGCUGUGUUGAGGUUGAGUCUGUUGUGUUCAACAUGGUAGAGGAGAGUCAGUCACCAAACAGUUUGUUCCCUUCAGGGCUGUUCAGACAUAUCCUUGAUUAUUUGAGACCUCACCUCCUUAAAAAUAACUGGAAGAAAUUUCCGCUUGCUUGCCAUGGGCUUGUGUGGUGCACUCUGCAAAUUAAGCAUCCUUAUGUGGGGGAACACUUUGCCAAGCUGAUGUCUCCUCUAUUACUUCUCAUAGAUGAUUAUGAGACUGAGAACAAAACACUGGGGUUUAAGUGCUUAAAACACGUCAUUGAUAAUGUGAAUUCAGCUGAAUUGCAGUGGUAUGGAAGAGCUGAUGUUCUUUUUGAGGCAUCCCAGCGUCACAUAUAUAGCAAUGACCCCUCCCUGAUGCGUUCUCUUCAUCCGUGCCUGCUAAGCAUCCUGACAGUUGUUGAACCAUCUCCAAAGAAAGCCAAGUUUGGCCGUAAGACAACCAAAUGUGAUGGUUUGUUUCAGAUUAUCCUCUCCUCCAUGGAGUUUGAAAGUAAAAUUGCUGUAAGAAAGGCGUAUGCAAGUCACCUGAAGCAUUUUAUUGAACACAUGGGAAUAACAAUACUAAGGCACUUUAAGCGGCUUUUAAAAGUUAUAGUCUCAUAUUUGGAAGUUAGUGAUUAUCCAGAGGAAGGGACACGGUUGGCUGUUUUGGAUGCAUUGAAAGUCGCAAUGUUACAAGCCUGGCCCAGGAUUCCUAAUCACAGUUCUACAAUCCUGAAGAGUCUUUUGAAGCUGUUGGUUGAUGCAACUGACUCUUCUGCUUACAUAGCAGUUCAGGCUUUUGAGCUGCUGAACCAGAAAACAGCUGAGUGCUUGGUGGUACUUUUGAGGUGUUGUGGAAAACAGGUCGAGGAACAAUUGAAAGAGCUGCAAGGCGUGGGACACAAAGAAGUUGAAGAAUGUGUGGAGAAAGUCCUCCAAGAAACCGGAUGUGCAACAAACACGUCAGUACAAUCAGCUCAUCAGAUGUACAAUGUCACGUGACAACAAUUUGUAUGAGGAACAUCAGAGGAGAUGUAAGGAUACCACAAGCAUAAUGCUUUAUUGUCCCGGGUGAUGAGCUGUCGUGCAUCCAAUAUCGAACGUCAAAACACAAAACUGUGCCGUUGGUUCUUUGUCAGAUAUGUAAAGAACUAUUUACGACCUCUCCGGUUUGUAGAAAGAGCAUCGUUUGAGAAUAAGACAAUUUGUCUAUGGGAAUUGUUUACCAGACGGUGAACCUUGAAGGAUAACAAAUUACUUGAUGUAAGAUUUUGUUCAGCAAGGAGUCAGCUGUUGUGGCUAACACAGACGAAACACAUCAAUCAUAUUCACGUCUGAAAUGUCAUCGAAUUGUUCAGUUAAUAUUAGUUUAAUGAAAAGCAAGGUGUCUGUAGAUAUUGUAGAUAACAAAGGUAUUAAUCACCGACCCACAGAAACUUAUUACAUGUAUUACCGAUGAAAAUAUUCCCAAACACUGGCUUGAAAUCACUUUUGGGAUAUUUCAACCUUGCCAUACCUUGUGACAAGAUGGACUUGUUUGUGUGUCAACGCAAAACUGUCACGUAAAGGAAAGGGGAACGUUUGAUCCAAGUUUAUGUAGCAGUUCAGCUUUUCAGGUUUGUAUGCACGUGCUCACAAACUGUUUCCUUUUUUUAGAAAUGUCAAAUUUGCGGUGAAGUAACGCUCUGAAUAUCUUACAGUGAAUAUCCUACAGUGAAUAUCUUACAGUGAAUAUCUUACAGUGAAUAUCUUACAGUGAAUAUCUUACAGUGAAUAUCUUACAGUACUACAGUAGAAGUGGCACCGAGUCAAAAACUUACUGAAAUGUAAGGGACGUCCAAAUCUUUAGGCGCUCUGAGAUAAACAUCUCUCCUUAUGAACGGGAAAAGAAAUAAUUGCAGUGCCCUAUUGAAAAUUCUCAUGAGACUACCGUAAAAGCCCGUAAGAUAAUAAUAUCACUGAAUGAAAAAAAAGUGGAGUGUUUCGUCACAAUGCAAACCAAAUGUGAUCACCUCAUAAAUAUUUUGAUAUUAGAGUUUAAGUACGCUAAUAGUAUCAGUACCAUAAAUCGUUAAUAUGUAGGAGAAAA